AUGCCUACUUGGAUUAAACGCGGUCAGAUUGAUAGAUAUCGUGGUGUUGAUCACAUACGUAGAGAGAGAUUUCUACUAUCAGUGACAAUCCCUGACAAUACUUUAACUGCAUCGGGUCCGAAACAACAACAAGGCAAUGAUUUUGCACUAUUGCGACAACAUAGUUAUUUUCCGGCUACAUAUUCUAAUCUCGGACUAUCAGGCACACAAAAAACAAUUGUUGAUGUAGUUGAAGAAGCAGCUCAAGGAAUUAUAAAUGAAGGAGCACUACAUGGUAAAGUACAUGAAGCAGAAUGGUUAGCAAAAAGACUUUAUGAUGUCAAACAUGAAAUUGCCGAGCUUUCUGAUGGAAAUACACUACUUAUAAUUGAUCUAACCGUACCAUCAGAUAGAAGAGAAGGCAGUGUUCGUUGUGGUGCAAACAUGUCUCUAUUUUCUGAGUUUUCAGAAGAAGAAGAAUUCGUAAUAUGGCCUGGAAUAAAAUUUCGUUUUGUUAAAUCCGAAUAUGACACGAUGAAAAAGAAGCAUUAUUUAUUUAAGAUAUGGAUAUUUAGGAUAUGUAUCUUUUGGGGUGUGGGUGUGGUUAUCACUUUCCUUGCCCUGCUCUGUGGCAUCAUACAAACAUGCACCCUCAAAAUAUACAAAAUCGACCAAUUGUUUUUACCGUAUCCAUCAUGA